CAGCACAAGGGCGUGAUUUGAAUGAUUUAAUUUAUUUACUAUUUAUAUAGAAAAUUUUAAUUAUUUCUAUUUUAGUGUAAGACUCUCCGUUCCGUUCUCUUCUCCAAAAAUCAGAUAAUAAUAACAAGGAGGAUCUCUGUCAGAGAGAAAAAGGUUAUGGCGUCGAAGCGGAUCUUGAAGGAGCUGAAGGAUCUCCAGAAAGAUCCUCCUACCUCUUGCAGCGCUGGCCCAGUUGCUGAAGACAUGUUCCAUUGGCAAGCAACCAUUAUGGGCCCUCCUGAUAGUCCAUACGCUGGGGGAGUGUUUCUAGUCACAAUUCAUUUUCCUCCAGACUAUCCAUUUAAGCCACCUAAGGUUGCAUUCAGGACAAAGGUCUUUCAUCCUAAUAUCAACAGCAAUGGUAGCAUUUGCCUUGAUAUAUUAAAGGAGCAAUGGAGCCCUGCCCUUACCAUAUCCAAGGUAUUGCUCUCAAUUUGCUCGCUGUUAACGGACCCAAAUCCUGAUGACCCAUUGGUGCCGGAGAUUGCCCACAUGUACAAGACUGACAGGAGCAAGUAUGAGACAACUGCUAGGAGCUGGACCCAGAAGUAUGCAAUGGGCUAGUUUGAUGCAGGUGUGUGUAAUGUGAGGGCUUCUUUCCUUGAGGCUUCAGUCUUUAAACUAUUAUGAUGUAUGAAUGGAGAAGUUUGACAUGUCUCCCUCUUUAACGUGGGACCGUAAGGGAGAGUUAUGAAUUCAGUCCCCCAGAAAACACGUUUACUGCUUUGAAUUGUUUGUAUUGAAAUUAUCUUUCAUACUUUGAUGUGUGCUAUUGUCAAAAUCCUUCUCCCUUAAUGAAUAAUACCAUAUUUAUUGA